AUGGCUGCUUCCUUCACUCGCCUGGCGGGCAGCGCGCCCAAAAGGCUCUGCCUCCGCCCCUCGAGCUUCUCCAGAAACACUGCUAUCCCCAGAUCCCGGACGAUUUCGACGUCGCUGCCUCGCCGGUACGCAGAACCCACCAGCUACCAGGCCACCCGCCUCAUCCCGGCCGACCCGACCUUCACAUCUCUGGCCAACAAGGAGGGCCCUUCGGAGGCUGAUGUGGGCGCCGCCCUCGAGUCCGAGGACUCUGGAGCCGGCCGCAAGAUCCGCCAUUACACCGUCAACUUCGGUCCUCAGCACCCUGCCGCUCACGGUGUGUUGCGUUUGAUUCUGGAGCUCAAUGGUGAAGAGAUCGUCCGCGCCGAUCCCCACGUCGGUCUGCUUCACCGUGGUACCGAGAAGUUGAUCGAAUACAAGUCCUACAUGCAAGCCCUGCCAUACUUCGACCGAUUGGAUUACGUCUCCAUGAUGACCAACGAGCAGUGCUUCUCCCUGGCUGUUGAGAAGCUGCUGAACGUUGAGAUCCCCGAAAGAGCCAAGUACAUCCGGACACUGUUCGGUGAGAUGACACGCAUUCUGAACCACCUCAUGUCCGUCCUUUCCCACGCGAUGGAUGUUGGUGCUCUGACGCCUUUCCUGUGGGGUUUCGAGGAACGUGAGAAGCUCAUGGAAUUCUACGAGCGUGUCUCCGGUGCCCGUCUCCACGCUGCCUACGUCCGCCCUGGUGGUGUGUCCCAAGAUCUGCCCCUUGGUCUCCUCGACGAUAUCUACCAGUGGGCUACUCAGUUCGGUGACCGCAUUGACGAGACCGAGGAACUGCUCACCGAUAACCGUAUCUGGAAGGCCAGAACCCAGGGUGUUGGUGUUGUCAAGGCUGCCGAUGCUCUCAACAUGAGUUUCACCGGUGUCAUGCUGCGUGGUUCCGGUGUCCCCUGGGAUAUCCGUAAGUCCCAGCCCUAUGAUGCCUACGACCAGGUUGAGUUCGACGUGCCCGUCGGUGUCAACGGUGACUGCUACGACCGUUACCUCUGCCGUAUGGAGGAGUUCCGCCAGUCCCUGCGCAUCAUCCACCAGUGCCUGAACCAGAUGCCCGCUGGUCCCGUCCGUGUUGAGGACUACAAGAUCUCCCCCCCUCCCCGUGCGGCCAUGAAGGAGAACAUGGAGGCUCUGAUCCACCACUUCCUUCUGUUCACCAAGGGUUACGCCGUUCCCCCGGGUGAGACCUACUCCGCCAUUGAGGCUCCCAAGGGUGAGAUGGGUGUGUUCCUUGUCAGUGACGGUAGCGAGAGACCCUACCGCUGCAAGAUCCGUGCUCCUGGAUUUGCUCACUUGGGUGGUUUCGACCAAGUGUCUCGCGGCCACCUUCUGGCCGAUGCUGUCGCUAUUAUUGGAACGAUGGAUCUUGUGUUCGGUGAGGUUGACCGGUAG